AAACCUUUUUAUUUAUUUUUCCUCUACCUCAAAGUUUGAGAGAAACAAAGAAAGAGAGAGAGAGAGAAUGGAAGUGGAAGAAGAGGUCUCAAGAUGGGAAGGCUACUCAGACUGGAGAAACAGAGCUGCCGUGAAAGGCCGUCACGGUGGCAUGCUCGCCGCUUCUUUCGUCUUAGUGGUGGAGAUAUUAGAGAAUCUAGCGUACUUGGCAAAUGCUAGUAAUCUCGUGCUAUACCUAAGAGAGUACAUGCACAUGUCUCCAUCUAAAUCGGCAAAUGACGUCACCAAUUUCAUGGGCACAGCUUUUCUCCUAGCUCUCCUAGGUGGUUUCCUCUCCGAUGCUUUCUUCUCAACUUUUCAAAUCUUCCUUAUCUCAGCCUCCAUCGAGUUCUUGGGAUUGAUCGUACUCACAAUUCAAGCUCGAACACCGUCCUUAAUGCCUCCAUCUUGCAAUGGUCCUACGUGUGCAGAAGUGAGUGGCUCGAAGGAAGCGAUGCUAUUCGUGGGAUUAUACCUUGUGGCUUUGGGAGUGGGAGGGAUAAAAGGGUCGUUACCAUCUCACGGAGCUGAGCAGUUUGAUGAGAGUACGCCUAAAGGUCGGAAACAGAGGUCAACGUUCUUCAACUACUACGUGUUUUGUCUUGCUUGUGGAGCACUCGUGGCCGUCACGUUUGUGGUUUGGUUAGAAGACAACAAAGGAUGGGAAUGGGGUUUUGGUGUCUCUACAAUUGCUAUCUUCGUCUCGAUUCUCAUCUUUCUCUCUGGAUCAAGAUUUUACAGAAACAAGAUCCCAUGUGGAAGUCCUCUCACCACAAUCUCCAAGGUCCUUCUUGCGGCUUCGUUUAAGUGCUUCACUAGUGCAAGUUCAAGCAAUGCAGUUGUGAAUAUGGCCGUUAGUCCCUCUAAUCAUAGCGUAGCAAAAGGGACAAAAGAAGAAGUUAAAUCACAAGGAGAAGUGGAAAAGACACGUCAAGAAGAAGCCGUGCCUCCUCAGGCACAACUAACCAACAGUUUAAGAUGCUUAAAUGGAGCUGCGGAUGAGAAACCGGUCCAUAGAUUGUUAGAAUGCACGGUCCAACAAGUUGAGGACGUCAAGGUUGUGCUGAAAAUGCUUCCCAUAUUUGCUUGCACCAUCAUGCUCAACUGUUGCUUAGCUCAGCUUUCAACAUUCUCUGUCCAACAAGCUGCUUCAAUGAACACAAAGAUAGGAAGCCUAAAGAUUCCUCCAGCUUCCUUACCAGUCUUCCCCGUCGUGUUCAUCAUGAUCCUCGCACCUAUCUACGACCAUCUCAUUAUCCCAUUCGCUAGAAAAGCUACCAAAACCGAAACAGGAGUCACUCAUCUACAAAGAAUCGGAGUAGGUUUAGUUCUUUCUAUAUUAGCAAUGGCGGUUGCAGCGUUGGUUGAGAUUAAGAGAAAGGGAGUGUCUAAAGACGAAGGCUUGCUUGACUCAAAAGAAACCUUACCGGUCACUUUCCUAUGGAUUGCUCUUCAGUAUCUUUUCCUAGGGUCAGCUGACCUAUUCACACUAGCUGGACUACUUGAGUAUUUCUUCACAGAAGCACCUUCUUCAAUGAGGUCUCUAGCGACAUCACUUUCAUGGGCCUCCUUGGCAAUGGGAUAUUAUCUAAGCUCAGUGAUUGUAUCGAUAGUAAACAGCAUCACAGGGAGCUCAGGGAAUACACCAUGGCUGAGAGGAAAAAGCAUAAACCGUUACAAACUAGACUACUUCUACUGGCUAAUGUGUGUUCUUAGCGCAGCUAACUUCUUGCACUAUCUCUUCUGGGCAAUGCGUUACAAAUAUAGAUCAACUGGUUCAAGAAGCUAAUAUCGAAUCGUUUACUUCUGAGCCUUUUUUUUAAUAUAUAAUUAGAGAAGAAAAUGUUUUUUACAUGACCGGCUGUUAUAUAAAGAGAUGAAUGGGGGGAUGCAAGUAGUGAUGUUGUGGUUAGGUAAAUAUUUGGGGGUUUGGAGUUUUUUUUUUUUUAAUCGUUGGACAAUGAAUGUACAGCGAAUGGAUAUUUCAACUUGCUUUAGGCUUACUUUAAUU